AGUUGCCAGCCGACCACUACAUUAAAUCAAGAUGUUGUCUAAGGUAGUCAGCUUUAUCCUGCUAGCCACAGCUCUUGUUGGCCUCGUCGCUAGUGUCGACUACUGUGCCUUGCCCACCUGCCUGGACAAGCACAUUGCCUGCAACAACAAGGGAGAGUUCAGCGAGGAGUGCCCUAAGAGUGUGCGAGAGGUAAAGAUUCAGCCACAUGAGAAGUUAAUCCUGAGUCUGUUCAAUGAGCUGCGAAAUAAUGUUGCUGGUGGCGGCAUUGAGGGUCUGCCCAGAGCAGUGCGCAUGGCAAAGAUGACAUGGUGCGAGGAGCUCACCCAUCUGGCUCUGUUCAACGUGAAGACGUGCCAGUCUCUGCCAGACAAGUGCCGCAGUACCGAACGCUUCGCCUAUGCCGGGCAGAAUAAUGCCAUCUUCAGUUAUAGUGGUGCUGAGUCUGAGUACACAGAUGCUGAGAUAAUUAAGGAGCAGAUUGAGAACUGGUUCAAGGAGCGCGCUAAUACAUCGCCUGACAUGCUGGCCAGCUUCCCCGAGGAGUUGACCAACAGGAAUGUGGCCAAGUUCACCAUUGCCGUUGCCGAGAAGAACACCCAUUUGGGCUGUGCCGCUGUGAGAUUCUCUCGUGACUAUUACAACCACUUCGUGCUGACCUGCAACUUUGCCACCACGAACUUCGUUGGCCAGCCUGUGUACACUCCCGGCGAGAAGGCCACCACUGGCUGCAGGAAUCGCUAUGGUGCCGCUUUCGACUAUCCCAAUCUGUGCUAUGCCAAGGAGAUCUACGACAAUGAGCAGGUGAUUGCCGAUGUGAGGUUGCCUUAGGAAUUGGGAGAUAUGAUGCAUAAGUUGAAUGAUUGACAAAACCGAUAUGUAAUACAAAGCAUUGGUUCGAAAAUAAUAUAGUUAAAUAAAAGCGAGCACAUUUAACGAGAUUUUCAACAA